GCAAAACUGGAAAGUGUGGCCGGUUGACAUAGACGACGCGCUAAAAUGUGACUAAUUCGUGAAUCCUAACCACUCAAAAUGUCCUUUCCAGUAACUACAGAGUAUUCAAGUUGCUGCGAUUUAGGGGAGACAUGAUGGACCACCAUUGGGACAGCACAGAACAAGUAUUUCAUGACGCAAUCAGGGAGUAUUUGAUUGAUUUACUGUUCUUCGCCAUUCUUUACCUCUCGUCCUACGUAGUAAUCUGCCACUACAAGAGACAAGCCGACAAGGAGGACUACUUCUCAGCGGAUGCAUCUGAUGCCAUUGUCUACCGCGUAGCGUUAUGGAGUUGUACUUUCACCCUAGCCAUCUCGGUCGGGGCAGGCGUACUGCUCCCGUUUUCCAUCCUCAGUAACGAGGUCCUCGUCUUCUAUCCAAACAACUUCUACAUGAAGUGGCUCAACGGCUCCUUGAUCCACGGGCUGUGGAAUCUGAUAUUCCUGUUCUCAAAUCUUGCUCUGUUUGUUCUGAUGCCCUUUGCGUACUUCCUCACAGAAUCGGAAGGUUUUGCUGGAUCUAAAAAGGGUAUCAAGGCUCGUGUGUAUGAGACGUUCGUUGUGCUUCUUAUUCUUGGUCUCCUGGUCUUUGGUAUGGUAUGGGUCGCCUCAGCCAUCCUGGACAACGACUCCUCAAGCAGAGAAACACUCGGAAGGGUUUGGUCGUCAUAUCUACCGUAUCUCUAUACAUGCAUCUCGCUACUUGGAGUUGCCAUGUUGCUUAUAUCAACCCCUUUAGGGUUCACCAGAAUGUUCUCCGUGAUCGGUGAACUUGUGGUCAAACCACAGUUCAUGGAAAACUUGGAUGAAGAAUAUCACUUGGCAAAGUUUGAAGAAGACGACUUGCUGAGGAAGAUCAAAGAGUCUAGUGCCACAUACACCAUUGAGCAGCCCAAUGGACAGACAGACUUGAGGCAGAGACUAGCCGAUGUACAACGCGAUCGGAGGGUGCUGGACAGGAGGCGGAGGGCGUCAUCAUGGCAACGCAACCUUGGAUACCCGCUGCUGUGGAUUCUCCUGUUUGCGCUGACCGUACUGUCGCUAUGCAUGGUGGGGUGGAACAUCUUCAGAUUGCUGUUUGGGAUCGGCUUCUUUUCUGUCAGCAUAAAGGAGGCGGGCCUCGGCAAGGUGUCUCUGUCGAUGCUAGGAUCCUUUGGUGCCCUUAUUGAGGUUGCCCUUAUAUGCUAUCUCAUGCUAGCAUCAGUCGUCGGCUUUUACAGUGUGCCGUUUUUCAGAACAUUAGUUCCCCGGACCAAAGACACGCCCAUGACCAAAGUUAUAGCCAACUGCCUAGUGCUUUUGGUUCUUAGUUCAGCAUUACCGCUGCUGUCAAGAACACUGGGUAUCACCAACUAUGACCUGAUCGGUGAGUUCGGCCGCUCCAACUGGUUGCAGAACUUCUACCUCAUCAUCAUCUACAACAUCCUCUUCAGCAUCCUGACAUCUUCCUGCCUCCUGAACAAGUUCACCGCCACAGUGAGGGACUACAUCCUGCAGAGCGUCACGCUCUACAUGCACAACGUCCGAGAGGCCAACCAAGUACGGACGUCCAAGUUCUGGGCGAUGAGGAGCUGGAAGACGCAGCACGCUAACGGGACCAACGGGAAUGUGAUGGGAGUGACGGCGAACGGUGCUUCUUCUAGUACUAGUAAGAAUGAAUGAAGCAGAUUGUUUUUUUGUUUUUUUUAAUGCCUGGGGUGGAUUUCACAGUGCUUCUACUAGUACUAGUAAGAAUGAAUAUAGUAAAUUCGGGUUCUUAAAUGCCGGGGUUCUAUUCACAGAGCUGCUUAGCAAAAGAACAUUGCUUAACCAUUUUCUGCUAAGCAGAAUUGAGCAACAGGUGCUUAAACUAGUACUAGUAAGAAUGAAUACAGCAGAUUGUUUUUUUAUUUUAUUGGGUGGGCCCAAUUUCAUACAGCUGCUGAAGCAGAAAAUGUAUCGCUCAAG